AUGUCAUUAUCCUCUGAUCUGGAUAAACAGAUAGCGCAACUGAAGCGAUGCGAGAUAAUACCUGAAUCAGCAGUUAAGGAAUUAUGCCAGAAGGCCAAAGAAAUAUUGAUGGAGGAAGGGAAUGUGCAGUAUGUGGAUAGCCCUGUGACGAUAUGCGGUGAUAUACAUGGUCAGUUCUUCGACAUGAUGGAAUUAUUCAAGAUAGGUGGUUUUUGUCCUGAAACAAAUUACAUCUUCAUGGGUGAUUUCGUCGAUCGAGGAUUCCACUCCGUCGAGACAUUCCUUCUCCUCCUCUUACUCAAAGUCCGCUAUCCCGAUCGAAUCACCUUGAUAAGAGGGAAUCAUGAAUCCCGUCAGAUCACUCAGGUAUAUGGUUUUUACGAUGAAUGUCAGAGGAAAUACGGAAGUUCGAAUGUGUGGAGAUAUUGCUGUGAUGUUUUUGAUUAUUUAAGUUUGGGGUGUGUGGUGGAUGGAAGGGUCUUUUGCGUACAUGGUGGAUUGAGUCCGCAAGUUACUAGGUUAGAUCAUAUAAGAGUAAUAGAUCGUCGUCAGGAAGUACCGCAUGAAGGACCGAUGUGCGAUUUGUUAUGGUCAGAUCCAGAUGACAUAAAUGGAUGGGGUAUGUCACCUAGAGGAGCAGGAUUUUUAUUUGGUGAUGAUGUGGUGCGGCAAUUCAAUCAUGAGAAUGACAUAGAAUUGAUAGCUAGAGCACAUCAGUUGGUGAUGGAAGGAUACAAGUUGAUGUUCGAUAGGAAGAUAGUGACAGUAUGGUCAGCACCAAACUACUGUUACAGAUGCGGUAAUACAGCCAGUGUAUUGGAAUUGGACGAAAACCUGCGUCAGGAAUAUAAAGUAUUUGACGCUGCUCCUCAGGACGCGAGGAGUAUACCGCAGAAGAGACCGAUGAUGCAUGAGUAUUUCUUAUAG